CAAACAAAGAAAAUCAAGUCUGCGAGGAGCGAGGGUUUGCUCCCCUCUGCUCCGGAUUUGGGUGUCCAGGGUAGCGGGCGCGGCACGGCAAACAGGUCGGGGCGCUCUGCUUCACCCCAACCUUCUCCGCCCCGUCAGCCCCCGCUCCAGCUGCGCCAGAAAGUGCGAGCUUGCCCGCUCCUUUCGCUUUUCGCUCGCUGCACUCCAAGCCCCGGAACACCCGCGUCCGCACACUAAGGGCACCACCGCUCUCCCACCUCUGCGCUGUCAGAUGUCAGGCGCGGAGGUGCUCUGGGCACCGAGGUGCUGGCGAACCAAACAAGUAUCACCCCGGACGCCUGCCCCCACUCCGAGAGAGCGGGCGGGAUGGCCACAGGCUUGAUUGCUGUAAGUUGAACACGUCAGUGGCACGGGCACCAGCUGCACAACCCUAGGAGCCACCAAACACAGUGUAUUCUGUAUAAAUGUUGCUGCCAGGAGCCCCAGUUCAAACUACAAUACCCUGAGAGAUGGUUGGUGCCAUGUGGAAGGUGAUUGUUUUGCUGGUCCUGUUGAUGCCUGGCCCCUGUGAUGGGCUGUUUCGCUCCCUAUACAGAAGUGUUUCCAUGCCACCUGAGGGAGACUCAGGACAGCCAUUAUUUCUCACCCCUUACAUUGAAGCUGGGAAGAUCCAAAAAGGAAGAGAAUUGAGUUUGGUCAGUCCUUUCCCAGGACUGAACAUGAAGAGUUAUGCUGGCUUCCUCACCGUGAAUAAGACUUACAACAGCAACCUCUUCUUCUGGUUCUUCCCAGCUCAGAUACAGCCAGAAGAUGCCCCAGUAGUUCUCUGGCUACAGGGUGGGCCGGGAGGUUCAUCCAUGUUUGGACUCUUUGUGGAACAUGGGCCUUAUGUUGUCACAAGUAACAUGACCUUGCGUGACAGAGACUUCCCCUGGACCACAACGCUCUCUAUGCUUUACAUUGACAAUCCAGUGGGCACAGGCUUCAGUUUUACUGAUGAUACCCACGGAUAUGCAGUCAAUGAGGACGAUGUAGCACGGGAUUUAUACAGUGCACUAAUUCAGUUUUUCCAGAUAUUUCCCGAAUAUAAAAAUAAUGACUUUUAUGUCACUGGGGAGUCUUAUGCAGGGAAAUAUGUGCCAGCCAUUGCACACCUCAUCCAUUCCCUCAACCCUGUGAGAGAGGUGAAGAUCAACCUGAAAGGAAUUGCUAUUGGAGAUGGAUAUUCUGAUCCCGAAUCAAUUAUAGGGGGCUAUGCAGAAUUCCUGUACCAAAUUGGCUUGUUGGAUGAGAAGCAAAAAAAGUACUUCCAGAAGCAGUGCCAUGAAUGCAUAGAACACAUCAGGAAGCAGAACUGGUUUGAGGCCUUUGAAAUACUGGAUAAACUACUAGAUGGCGACUUAACAAGUGAUCCUUCUUACUUCCAGAAUGUUACAGGAUGUAGUAAUUACUAUAACUUUUUGCGGUGCACGGAACCUGAGGAUCAGCUUUACUAUGUGAAAUUUUUGUCACUCCCAGAGGUGAGACAAGCCAUCCACGUGGGGAAUCAGACUUUUAAUGAUGGAACUAUAGUUGAAAAGUACUUGCGAGAAGAUACAGUACAGUCAGUUAAGCCAUGGUUAACUGAAAUCAUGAAUAAUUAUAAGGUUCUGAUCUACAAUGGCCAACUGGACAUCAUCGUGGCAGCUGCCCUGACAGAGCGCUCCUUGAUGGGCAUGGACUGGAAAGGAUCCCAGGAAUACAAGAAGGCAGAAAAAAAAGUUUGGAAGAUCUUUAAAUCUGACAAUGAAGUGGCUGGUUACAUCCGGCAAGUGGGUGACUUCCAUCAGGUAAUUAUUCGAGGUGGAGGACAUAUUUUACCCUAUGACCAGCCUCUGAGAGCUUUUGACAUGAUUAAUCGAUUCAUUUAUGGAAAAGGAUGGGAUCCUUAUGUUGGAUAAACUACCUUCCCAAAAGAGAACAUCAGAGGUUUUCAUUGCUGAAAAGAAAAUCGUAAAAACAGAAAAUGUCAUAGGAAUAAAAAAAUUAUCUUUUCAUAUCUGCAAGAUUUUUUUCAUCGAUAAAAAUUAUCCUUGAAACAAGUGAGCUUUUGUUUUUGGGGGGAGAUGUUUAUUACAAAAUUAACAUGAGUACAUGAAUAAGAAUUACAUUAUUUAACUUAAAGGAUGAAAGGUAUGGAUGAUGUGACACUGAGACAAGAUGUAUAAAUGAAAUUUUAGGGUCUUGAAUAGGAAUUUUUAAUUUCUUCUAAGAGUAAGUGAAAAGUGCAGUUGUAACAAACAAAGCUGUAACAUCUUUUUCUGCCAAUAACAGAAGUUUGGCAUGCCAUGAAGGUGUUUGGAAAUAUUAUUGGAUAAGAAUAGCUCAAUUAUCCCAAAUAAAUGGAUGAAGCUAUAAUAGUUUUGGGGAAAAGAGUCUCAAAUAUAUAAAGUCUUAGAACAAAAGAAUUCUUUGAAAUAAAAAUAUUAUAUAUAAAAGUAAUGAUGAAUCAAUUCUUGAUAAGCAGAUGCUCUUAUGCAGAGAACAAACUUAAUCUUUGCCUUUUCGUUUUCUUUUUCCUUCUUUGAGUUUGAGGUGUACACACUUCUGAAACAGCCUGCAGGCUACAUUAGUUAUAAGAGCCAUUUUAAUUUGGGCUUCAAAUCCUCUACUUCUUUUCCCCAAAUAAAGAACAACCUAAUUUUGUAUCAUUGUUAGAAUAUCAAAAAAGAUAAGCUGGCAUCAAUGUAUACAUUUAUAAAUAUACAUUCAUUAGCAGUUUUCUAACUAAAAUGUCACAUCCUGGCACAUCUUUUGGAUUUAUGCAUCAUGUGCUCACAUCUCUUUGAAAUUCUACAAGACGUGUGGAUUUUUCCACAUCACUUCCUUCUCGUAUUACCCAUCUAUGAACUGGCUCACUGGAGAAUUAAAUUUAAAAAGUCAAAGCCUGUUCUUGCGGCAAAUAGUUUAUGGAGUUUAUUCUUGUAAUUUCUCAUUUUGUGCCUGAUUACAUUCAGGUUUGUGAUCUUCCUUUUUAAAUUGUUCAUUGUACCCAUGUCCUAGAAGUCAUUAAAUCAAAUAUUCUGAUCAAAA